UAAAUGCACACCUAGCACCGAUAUUGGUGUUGCUUAAAGGAAGGUCUGCUCAGAAGUAGUUUGGCCACAGGAGAAGGCAAAGAGGCUGUGGUAGGGGCUUGAGUUGGUGCUUGGAUGCCUGGGUUCAUGCUUCACUUCCCACUGCACUCUGCUCGAAGGCAUUUUUGCCAUGUGAGCGAGUGAGCAGCAGGCUCUGGGAUACCUUGAUUAACCUCCUGAACUGCUAUGCUUCAAACCUGCUGAGCAAGAAAGAUUUUCAGUGAAUUCCCUCAGUCCUGAGAGUGGCCUUGGACGGCCAGUUUAGACUCCUGGAACUUGGCCAGCAGGGAGCCAGGCACUUGCCUGCCCACUUCAGUGACCUCAGAAGGAUGUCUGUGGGUACCAGGAAUCCCCUGUAACCCGGCCAGCCCUGCCACCCCCAUAGAACUCAGAGGGCUCAGCUUUGAGGAUGGAGUCAGAAGGAGGGUCCUCAACAGCCCUUGCCCCUUUUGCCACACUGGGGGACCCAGACGCUGGGCCUGGCUUCUCUUCCUUUGAGCUGCCCAGCACAGACCCAGGGAAGCUCCGAGAGCUGCCCACUGGGCCUGGAACCCAUUGCGAAGACCCUGCCCCUGGGAGACCUAGUGGCCUGGAUGCUGUGGUGGAUGGCCCCCCAGACAUGGGCUCCAUGGGGGAGCUGAGCUGCAGUGCCAAGAUUCCCAACCGGGACAGUGGGAUUGACAGCCCAUCCUGCAGCAUGGCCAAUGAGCCCUUCCCCUGCAAGGAGAGCAGUGAGGUAGGCCUAGGGCCCACUGCCCUGAGGCUGCACCCAGAGAUGGCCCCAGACAGCAAGGCUCCCCAGGAGGAGGCCGACAGUGAUGUGGGUGAGGGCAGCAGCGAGGAGCCUGAGCCUGAGCCCAAGGACAGCCGCCCGAGGGCCAACGUGGACCUGGCCAAGUGCUCUGAGCCCCAGAAGCUGCUCCACAUUGCCCAGGAGCUCCUGCACACCGAGGAAACCUAUGUGAGGCGGCUGCACCUACUAGACCAGGUUUUCUGCACCCGGCUGAUAGAAGCAGGGAUCCCUCUGGAAGUCACCACAGGUAUCUUCUCUAACAUCUCCUCCAUCUACCGCUUCCACGGGCAGUUUCUCCUUCCUGAGCUGCAAAUGCGGAUCACAGAGGAGUGGGACAUAAACCCCCGGCUCGGGGACAUCCUGCAGAAGCUGGCUCCAUUCCUCAAGAUGUACGGAGAGUAUGUAAAGAACUUUGAUCGGGCCAUGGAGCUAGUGAGUGCCUGGACCCAGCGCUCGUUGCUAUUCAGAGAUAUCGUCCAUGGCAUCCAGAAGCAGGAGGUGUGUGGGAAUCUGACGCUGCAGCACCACAUGCUGGAGCCUGUACAGAGAGUCCCCCGCUACGAGCUGCUGCUCAAGGACUAUUUGAAGCAGCUCCCAUUGAAUGCCCCGGAUCGGAAGGAUGCAGAAAGAUCCUUGGAGCUCAUUUCUACAGCUGCCAACCACUCCAAUGCUGCCAUUCGGAAAAUGGAGAAAAUGCACAAGCUCUUGGAGGUAUACGAGCGACUGGGUGGGGAGGAGGACAUUGUCAACCCCGCCAAUGAGCUGAUCAAAGAGGGUCACAUCCAGAAGCUGUCGGCCAAGAAUGGCACGGCCCAGGACCGCCACCUUAUCCUGUUCAACAGCAUGAUCCUUUACUGUGUGCCCAAACUGCGUCUCAUGGGCCAGAAGUUUAGUGUCCGGGAGAAGAUGGACAUUUCAGACCUCCAGGUACAGGAUAUUGUCAAGCCACAUGCAGCCCACACAUUCAUCAUAACGGGAAGGAAAAGGUCCCUGGAGCUGCAAACCCGGACAGAAGAGGAGAAGAAAGAGUGGAUUCAGGUCAUUGAGGCCACCAUCGAGAAGCACAAACAGAACAGCCAGACCUUCAAGGCCUUCAGCAGCUCCUUGGGCCAGGAUGAGGACCCUUCCCUCACUCCAGAUCCCCCUAUGGUGAGUGCCAGCUCUGAGGAGCCUGCAGUGGCAGCCGAUGGUGGAGGGGGUACUGCAGGGCUUGAGCCCAGGAGAGGGUCCUCUAAGACGAAGCGUGACAAGGAAAAACAGGGUUGCAGGAGCUGCGGUGAGACCUUCAACUCCAUCACCAAGAGGAAGCACCACUGCAAGCUGUGUGGGGCGGUCAUCUGUGGGAAAUGCUCCGAGUUCAAGGCUGAGAAUGGCAGGCAGAGCCGAGUCUGCCGUGAUUGUUUCCCGACUCAGCCGGCGGUCCCUGUAAGCUCCAGCCCUGAGGCCCCCUCGGAGCCCAAGCAGAGCAUAGAGAAGCCAGCCUCUGUGGACACCCUGCCCAACCUGCUCUGUGGCCCUCUGUGGGUAUCAGACAGUGGCUCAAACUGGAGUGAGGUGUGGGCCACCAUCCCCACAUCAGACAACCUGGAACUGGUGCUGCACCGGCAGGCAAGCAACCAGAUACGUCCCCUGUCCACCGGCAGGCUGCCAAGCACCAUCCCCCUUUCCGGCUGCACAGUGAGUGUGCCAGACCUGGCAGAGAGGCUGGACGCUGGGCACGUGUGGCAGCUGCAGCAGGCCCAGCAGUCCUUGUACCUGAGUGCCCCAUCGGCUGAGCUGCAGCAGCAGUGGCUAGAGGUCCUGAACAUGGCUGCCUGCAGGGACCUGACCCAGGCCAGCCCAGGAACCCCAAAGUCCCAGGCUCCAGCAGCCCCGUGAGCUAAAUCUUGGCCGCCACGGCAGGGCCUGUGCUCUCACCUGGGAAGUGGCCAUGGAGGCCACAUGUAAAUGUGAAGAGUACCCUGACUACUGAGGGGCCAUCAUCCCUCAGGACACUUGGCCCUGGAGGGUCCCUCUGCUUCAGAGAUGAAGAAACUGGGGCGCAGAAAGGGGUGGCCACCUGUCCAGGAUCACCUAACACAUCUGAGGCCUCUGCCCUCAGGCUCAGCAGUGUGGCUUGGCAUGGGAUACAGGGCAACUGCCAAGUAAACCCUGUCUGUGUGGCUGUGUGGGGGCUCUGGAAAGCAGAAGGAGUUUCGCGGAUGGUGCUUAGGGACACCUCAUGGACGUCUGAAGUCUUGCCAUCCCUCCAGCCACUGUCCUUUUGUCUACACUGUCUACACUGCAUGAGCUGAGCCACGACCAGCCACCCAACUCCACCUCCACCUCUGCCAACUCCUGGCUGCCAGACACCCCACUACCCCCAUGUUGCCUUGCAGCCCACCAUACUGUGCAAAGCUACUCACAGGAGAGGGUGAGUGGUGAGCCUGGACCAACCAAGUGGGACUUGAGAUUCCUGAAUAACCUCACUGAGAAACUCCAUGGGAGGCCCACACCAGGGUCACAUGAGGGCCUGAGAGUUGUGCCUGUCUCCUCUGCUGGGUGGCCGGCAAUGCCUCUCUGUGUAAAUAAACAUUGG